AUGGGUUCCAUCGACACGACAAUCGGUGCUCCCGACCUGCGCUACAUCCCCCUCACCUAUUCUCCCGCCGAUUCCCAGGCCUCCGCAUUGCGAUUGAUCUUGACUCUCUUCCCCCAUUGGGAGGGCCCUGGCAACAAGAUUGAAUUUGUCCGCUUCACAGAUGGCAUUACAAACACGCUCCUGAAAAUCAUCAAUCGCAAGUCUGGCCUGACGGACGAGCAAAUUGACAAUGAUGCGGUCUUGAUGCGCGCAUACGGAAAUGGCACCGAGAUCCUGAUUGAUCGUGAGCGUGAAACAACUUCCCACAACCUCCUCGCCAGCCGUGGCCUGGCUCCUCCCCUCCUUGCCCGAUUCAAAAAUGGAUCUGGUCACCCCCCUAUCUUCCGCGGCGUUGCGCGCAAGCUCGCCCAGUGGCACGCGGUCCUUCCCAACACCGCGGCGGGCUCAACCUCCACAACGACCCUGGAUAAAGCAGAGGCGGAGAUCACGCCCAUUCAACCCCGUCGGGCGGGCGACUCCAUGUGGGCAGUUCUCCAGCGAUGGGUGUUGGCCUUGCCGGUGGCUACUCCCGAGCAGCGGGCCCGCCGCCUGAGCUUGCAGCGUGAACUGGAGUGGGUGGUGGGCCAACUGGACGACGGGGUGGGCAUUGGCGACGACGGCCUUGUUUUCGCCCACUGUGACCUUCUCUGUGCCAAUGUGAUUGUUCUCCCGCAUGACGUCGGUGCUCGGACCGAGGACGAUGUGGCCCCGGUCAACUUCAUCGAUUACGAAUAUGCGGUGCCUGCGCCGGCGGCUUUUGACAUCGCCAACCACUUGGCGGAGUGGAUUGGCUAUGACUGCGAUUACCACAUGAUUCCCACCAAAUCGGUGCGCCGUCAAUUCCUCACCGAAUACACCCGGAGUUAUUGCAAGCACCGAGGGCUUGAUGCGUCUUCCGAAGCCGAGAUUGUCGAUCGCCUCCAUCAGGACGUAGAUCGCUUCCGUGGUAUUCCCGGAUUUUACUGGGGUGUAUGGGCUCUCAUCCAGGCCCAGAUUUCGCAGAUUGACUUUGACUACGCAGAUUAUGCUGAGCAGCGACUCGGGGAAUACUGGGCGUGGAAGCGGGAACUCGACGGAAGUCGAGCCAAGGCUGGCGAGGACAUGCCUCUUCGCGAGAAGCGCUGGGCCCAAGAGGCAUGA